UGGACCAUUUUAAGGGCAUACCAGUUCAUUUGGUGGCAUCUUGAGCUUAGAGCUUGUUGUGAGGCCAGAGAUGCGGCCCCUGUGGAGACCUCCAGUGAAGGCUGAGUUAGAGGUGGGGGUGGGGAGCUUGGUGUGCCCCACUUUGAGACAUCUAAGCUGGAGGUGUGCUUCAAGUACUAAUUUUCAUGGUCUCAGAAACUGUGUUUCUAGGUCCUUUCUUCCAAGAGCUUGGUAACUUCCUCCCCCGUCUUGGUCUUCUAGUCUCAGUUCCAAAGUAACUUUCAACGUACAAAAAAUCAAGAAUGUUUGUCUUUAAAGAUAUCAGGGAGGUGGGAACUAUUGUUCUAAGACUUUUUUUUUCUUUUUUUUUAAUGUGAAGGCAGCUACUGAAGGAGCAGAAGGCAGGAAGGAGUAUAGUCAUGGCCUCAGAAGAGUUGUUUUUUCAAAUGCGUAGCCCUAAAACCUUGCGCUCAACACAGAGCUUUUGAUAUAGAUAAACAUGAAGGAAAAAAAAAAAAAACCCCAAGAAUAAGCUUGAGUACCAAUCCUUUAUGUUGUGUUUUAGGAAUCCAGCUAUCUACCACCAAGAAGAAAUCUAGUAAUUUUAGACUGAGGAAUCCCUUUACUUAAAAAAUUAGGAUGAAAGAACCUUUGGAUGGUGAAUGUGGCAAAGCACUGGCACCACAGCAGGCCCUUCUGGACAAAAUUAAAGAAGAACCUGACAAUGCUCAAGAAUAUAUACAUGCUUCAAGGCCAAAAGCUCAAGAAAGUGAACUGAAAAUCAGUGCUGUGUUUUCGGUCAGUGACAGCCCUCUUGGUAAGAAGCAGAACUCCCAACAGUUGACCCCAGGCUUUCAGCUUUCUCUUGCAUCAUCUGGCCCAAAUGUAUCGCUUCCUUCAGUUCCAGCCGUAGCUCUUCAGGUUUUUUGCUCUGGUUGUAAAAAAAUGCUUUACAAGGGGCAAACUGCAUUUCAUAAGACAGGAUCAACUCAGCUCUUUUGCUCUACAAGAUGCAUCGUUGGACAUUCUUCAUCUGUCUGCCUACCACCUCCUCCCAAGAAAGCCUGUGCAAACUGCUUGAAAGACAUUUUAAAUCCAAAGGAUGUGAUCACAACCCAAUUUGAAAAUGCCUCUCCUAGCAAAGAUUUCUGCAGCCAAUCAUGCCUUUCUUCUUAUGAGCUAAAGAAAAAGCCUGUUGUUACCAUAUAUACCAAUAGCAUUUCAGCUAAGUGCAGUAUGUGUCAGAAGAAUGCUGAUAUUCGAUUUGAAGUUAAAUAUCAAAAUGUGGUACAUGGUCUUUGUAGCGAUGCCUGUUUUUCAAAAUUUCAUUCUACCAACAACCUCACCAUGAACUGUUGUGAGAACUGUGGGAGCUAUUGCUAUAGUAGCUCUGGUCCCUGCCAGUCCCAGAAGGUUUUUAGUUCUACAAGUAUCACGGCAUAUAAGCAGAAUUCAGCCCAAACUCCUCCGUAUGCCUUGGGGAAAUCAUUGAGGCCCUCAGCUGAGAUGAUUGAGACGACAAAUGACUCAGGAAAAACGGAGCUUUUCUGCUCUAUUAAUUGCUUAUCUGCUUACAGAGUUAAGACAGUUACUUCUUCAGGUGUCCAGGUUUUGUGUCAUAGUUGUAAGACCUCGGCAAUCCCUCAGUACCACCUGGCCAUGUCCAAUGGAACGAUACACAGCUUCUGCACCUCGAGUUGUGUGGUGGCUUUCCAGAAUGUAUUUAACAAGCCAAAAGGAGCACUCUCUUCGGUGGUGCCUGUGUCUCAGACCCAAGUGAUUGUAAGCCUACCCUCUGGGUCAGCAGCGUCAGCCGGAAGAGGUUACACCUCCGCCUUUCCUCCCAGCUCCGUCAGUGGCUCCGCUGCAGCCAGCCUCCAGCCUCCUGCCCAGUUCCAGCAAGUUGCUUUAACCCAUAGGAUUGUCAGACUCAGGUGUCAGCACUGUAACCAUCUGUUUGCGACAAAACCAGAACUUCUGUUCUACAAGGGGAGAAUGUUUCUGUUUUGUGGCAAGCUUUGCUCUGAUGAAUACAAAAAGAAAAAUAGAGUUAUGGCGAUGUGUGACUACUGUAAACUACAGAAAAUUAUAAAGGAGACUGUACGAUUCUCAGGGGUUGAUAAGCCAUUCUGUAGUGAAGUUUGCAAAUUCCUGUCUGCUCGUGACUUUGGGGAGCGAUGGGGAAGCUACUGUAAGAUGUGCAGUUAUUGUUCACAGACAUCCCCUAAUUUGGUAGAAAAUCGACUGGAGGGCAAGUUAGAAGAGUUUUGUUGUGAAGAUUGCAUGACCAAAUUUACUGUUCUGUUUUAUCAGAUGGCCAAGUGUGAUGGUUGUAAACGACAGGGAAAGCUAAGUGAGUCCAUAAAAUGGAGAGGAAACAUCAAACAUUUCUGUAACCUAUUUUGUGUCUUGGAGUUUUGUCAUCGUCAGCAAAUUAUGAAUGACCCUUUUUCACAAAAUAAAGUAAAUAUUUCUAAGGCACGCAUUGCUUCAGUGGCGCUCCCUGCUGCAAGGACAAAUACAACACCAGUUAUAACCAAUGUGGUGUCAUUGGCAAAAAUAUCUCCUGCCCAGCCCACAGGGAGUGGUGUUUUAAAAGGUGCAGUUAUUACUAAAGAGGCAACAAAGAUCAUUGAAAAUGGAAGUACGCAGACAGAUGCCAUGAAACUUCUGUCUUCCCAGUCUUCAAAACUUUUAAAGAACAAAGCAUUAUUGUGCAAACCUGUCACACAGACCAAGGCUACCUCUUGCAAACCACAUACACAACACAAGGAAUGUCAGACAGAUUUAUCUAUGCCUAAUGAGAAAAAUGAUGUGGAACUUGAUUCUCCACCUGCAAAGAAAAAAAGAAUAGGUUUUUUCCAGACUUAUGAUGCGGAAUAUUUAAAAGUUGGUUUUAUUAUCUGUCCGGGAUCAAAAGAAAGUUCACCAAGACCACAGUGUGUCAUCUGUGGAGAAAUUUUAUCCAGUGAAAACAUGAAGCCAGCAAAUCUUUCUCAUCAUUUGAAGACAAAGCAUUCGGAAUUAGAAAACAAACCAGUAGAUUUUUUUGAAGAAAAAUCUCUUGAAAUGGAAUGUCAAAACAGUGCUUUAAAAAAGUGUUUACUAGUUGAAAAGUCACUUGUGAAAGCUUCUUAUUUAAUUGCUUUCCAAAUUGCUGCCAGCAAAAAGCCAUUUUCCAUUGCUGAAGAAUUAAUUAAACCAUAUUUAGUAGAAAUGUGUUCAGAAGUUUUGGGUUCCAGUGCUGGAGACAAGAUGAAAACCAUUCCUCUUUCUAAUAAUACAAUUGGACACAGGAUUGAUGAACUGUCUGCAGACAUUGAAGAUCAGCUGAUUCAAAAAGUCAGAGAGUCAAAGUGGUUUGCCCUUCAGAUAGAUGAAUCAUCAGAAAUCUCAAAUACCACACUUCUUUUGUGCUAUAUUCGUUUCAUUGAUUAUGGUUGUAGUGAUAUAAAAGAAGAAUUAUUAUGUUGCAUUGAAAUACCUUCCCAAAUGACGGGUUUUGAAAUAUUUGAACUAAUAAAUAAAUAUAUUGAUAGUAAAUCUCUGAAUUGGAAGCAUUGUGUUGGUGUCUGUACAGAUGGGGCUGCAAGCAUGACUGGUAGGUGUUCUGGUUUAAGAGCAAAAAUUCAAGAAGUUGCCACGAAUACAGUGGCAUUUACACAUUGUUUUAUUCACCGUGAACAUUUAGCAGCAGAAAAGUUGUCUCCAUGCUUACAUGAAAUUCUUUUGCAGUCAGCACAAAUUUUAAGCUUUAUAAAGAGCAAUGCGUUGAAUUCACGAAUGUUGACAAUUUUGUGUGAAGAGAUGGGGUCUGAGCACGUGAAUUUACCACUUCAUGCUGAAGUACGUUGGAUAUCAAGAGGAAGAAUUUUAACAAGAUUAUUUGAAUUACGACAUGAAAUUGAAAUAUUUUUAAAUCAGAAACAUUCAGAUUUGGCCAAGUAUUUUUUUGAUGAGGAAUGGGUUGCAAAGGUGGCCUAUUUAUCAGAUAUUUUUUCACUUCUAAAUGGAUUAAAUUUAAGUCUCCAAGGAACUAUGACUACUCUCUUCAAUUUGUAUAAUAAAAUCGAUAUGCUUAAGAAAAAAUUAAAAAUGUGGUUGAAGCGCACACAGGAGAAUGACUAUGAUAUGUUCCCUUCAUUUUCUGAAUUCUCAAGCUCAUCAGGCUUAAAUAUGAGCGGUAUGGCAAGCAUUAUAUUAGAGCAUCUGGAAGGACUUUCUCAAAUGCUCAAUGACUGUUAUCCACCAGAAGACGACUUGCGUUCAGGAAAUUUGUGGAUAAUUAAUCCUUUUACAAAUCACCAAAAUAGUAAUCUCACGGACUUUGAAGAAGAAAAAUUAGCACAAUUAUCAUCAGAUUUAAGGUUACAAUCAGUAUUUAAAUCAAUGUCUGUAACUCAGUUUUGGAUAAACGCAAAGGCAAGUUACCCAGAACUCCAUGAAAAGGCAAUGAAAUUCUUACUACCUUUUUCAACUAUUUAUUUAUGUGAUGCUACCUUUUCAGCUUUGACUGAGUCAAAACAAAGAAAUCUGUUGGUUUCUGGCCCUGCACUACGACUUGCUGUCACAUCUUUAAUUCCGAGGAUAGAAAAGUUGGUAAAGGAGAAAGAAUAGUAAUCUGCAUAUUCCUUAUUAUCAAAGUCUAUAAUUUUGUGUUAAAUUUUGUAUGAGAUGAGUAUCCAAAAAUAUAAUUUCCUAAUGUGGAUAUGUGUUCUCGGUGAUUAAAUAUGUGCUUUAA